CCAUAUAGCCAUAAUCAAGAGACUCAAUGAACCAAUCUCCUCCCACAUGCACUUUGGAAAACCUCUCCUCUGCGUUGUGUAUGUUCAACAGGUAGAAUCAUGUUCCCUACUGCACUACCUCCCUUCUCCGAGUCAGGCUGUGAGAGAAACAGCCCCUGGUAAUCAUUGCAGAUUUCAUCCACUUCAGACAUGUUUCGUGUGUGGAUCAAACUUUGUCUCCUCUUGCCAGUGCAUGUCCACUAUACUGCACUUCCAGGGGUAAGUAGCUUCAUGAUCCACAACACCCUCCACAGCCUGUGCUUGGAGGACUUCCCCAAGACGGGCCUGGUUCAGCUGAAUAAAUGCAACCUGGACUCAGUUCUCCAGCAGUGGAUCUGGAGGGACCAGAGUCUCCUGGAGAGUGUGGGGACCUCCAGGUGCCUGUCGGCCCACCACUCUGACCCUGUCCAGACUGUACCCUGUGAGGGGGUAGAGGAUGGGGGACACAGGGGUGAUGGGGGGCUGCGGUGGGGGUGUGAGUUGAACAGGCUGAUCAGUCAGAACAGUUCUCUGGAGCUCUCCACAGACGGGAAACGACUGACGCUGUCCCACAGGAGCAAGCAGACCAAGUGGAGGUCUCUGGAUGAAGGGGAUAUAUGCCAGGAGAGGCUCAGAUCCAAAAGGGCAUCGAGCGAUCCCGAUGAGUUUGAGGUGAAACCUGCGGAAGAGCAGAAAGCGGGGCCUCCUGGUAUGACCGAUGAACAGAAAGAAUUCCUCAGAUGGUUCUAUCGCACCGAGGACCCAACUCCCUGGAAGUUUGCGAUGCUGGCUCUGUCCUUCGCUGCCCUUCUGCUGGGCUGUCUGCUUCUGGGAAUGGGCUCCAUGGCGAACAAAAACCGGAAUAAGAUAGCCAAGUACAAGGCGGCGGCUCUGGCCAUGAAGCCGGAGGCAGAAGAACUACAGGUCAUCGUCACGGAAGUUGGAGGUCAAAGAACUAACUCCGUCAACAGUGCCUAUGUCCAGGUCAGUAUGAGCCCAUCUGAGAUCCCAGUGAGCCAGGCCAAGCCCCUCCAGGACAACGGGGAGGUAGAGGGGCUCAAACCGGGGGACAUUGUGGUGACCUGGAAUGACGGGAACGUGUCCAGCCUGUACCCCGAGCCUGAGGGGGAAGUGGAGGUGUUGGCGGAGGUAGAGAAAGAGGAGGUGUUGAAGAAAGAGGAGGUGGUUGAGGUAGAGAAAGAGGAGGCAGAAGAGGGAGUGGUGGUAGAGGGAUGAAGGAGAGAGAUAUAACAGCCACGUUCCUCAUUACUGCUCCUCUGCAGAGGCAGAACAGAAACUCCUAUUUACUUAGGAAUAACUGUCCUUUUAAGUUGUUUUAUUUUGACCUGUAACUUAAACAACCACUGUCUGUUUAAUUACUGUAAUGCCCAUUUUACACUACUGUGCUGAGCCAGACCGUACUGUGCUGAGCCAGAUAUUUUAUUGGUGGAUGCGUAACCAUGCCAGCGCAGUACAGCUUGACUUGGCUCAGUAGUGUGAAAAGGGUAUACAACUACUACAAAUAAUGCUGUGUACAAGAUGUGCAGUAUCACAGUCAUCAUUCACAAGUACUUUGUUGUUUGCAGUUUCAGCAAUGGAAUAUACAUCUACUGUAAACAUUGCUGGCCGUCGAAACAUCGCAACCAACUAUUUGGGAUACCAAAUAGUUAGUAAAUGUUGUUUUUUGGUCAUGAAGAAGUGCAACGUGUUGUUUAUAGUGCAGUGAAAAGUUUUCCUAUGUCUCUUGACAGUAUGUAGGAACACUUAUAAACCAUGUGUCAUAAGCUGUUCAUGUGUAAUCUACUUGGGAAACACUAAAAGGCAACUAAACAUGGUCUGAGAUAACAUUAAGAUUGGAAGAUCAAACUUAUCUUUAUACAUCUCUUUUGUAAUUCUAUUUGUAAAGUAUUUUUAGUUAUAAUGCUGGCCACCAGGAAGAUUAGCCGACGUCAUGACAUCAGCUAACGGGGAUCCUAAUAUAAUACAACUGGAAUGAUCUUGCUGUGAGUAUAGUGGAACGCUCUUGUGAGAGAGUAUUCACAUAUAGAUGUUUUGGAUAGAAAACAGAAUUCAGUGGGUUAACUUUUGUCAUCACACCACCUCUCCAUAUGUAAGAUAGAUUUUCAUUGUGUUAUAAAAGCAUUCCAACAAUUGCAGUAUUUACAAUAAGGAAAUAAAACUGUUCAUAUCAAAAUA